AUGUCUAUCGAGGUUUCCGUUGAUACGCCUCUGGCGCAAGCUCUGAGUGCUGCUAUCCAGCCAAAGUUGGUAGAAGUGGGAUGGAGUACAGGUAGUGGCGACGAUGCACUGGCAGAGUACAUCAUCCUCAUGCUGGCCAACGGAAAGACACAGGAACAAAUCGCAGCUGAGCUUUCUGGAGAUCUCCUCAGUCUUGGACCCGACGAUCCCGGCGCGAGGGAUUUCUCACAAUGGUUAUUCCAGCAGGUUGAGGUCCUAGGUGCGCAACAAAAUGGCAGUGCUUCAGGAGUUGUCGCACCGGUUGGAGAUGUAUCUGUAGACAUGGGCAAUGGCGUGCAUGAUUCAGAGAUGGAAGGAGUCUCCGAAACUGGAGACAGCAACGUACCCACGGGUCCAAAGUCAAUGCGAAAUGGUGCUAUUCGAGGUAGAGACAAGCGUAUGCUUGGUCAUCUAGCAAAGGCUAUGGAUAGACCAAAUGAUUCUGUCCUCCAUCGUGUACGACCUCAGAAUGGCAAUGAGCGCAUCAACACUCACGCUCGCGGACCACCGACUGGACCACGAGGACAACAAAUGGCUGGACGUGGAGGACCUCGAACACUUAACAACCGAAUGAACAACGCGAUGGCUGGUAUGCCCAUGCAACAGGGUGGGGCUGCUGGCAACAUCAUGAAUAUGUCACCUCAGCAACAAAUGGAUCUGUAUGCUAUGCUUGAGCAGCAAUCAAGACUCAUGGCCCAGAUGCUCAACCCUCAGGGUAUGCCAAUGGGGAAUGGUAUGCCAAAUGGGUUUCCACAACAGCCACAACCAUCGAGAUCUCUGUUCGAUCGAGUCUCCAAGACCCCACGUGGACCAAACAAUGGUUUCCAGAAGGGCCCUCAACCGAACAAGUUCAACGAACACAAGCAGCAAAUUCAAGAUGGCGGACCCUCUUCUUCCAUGGAUGUCGAGAUGUCGCAAGAGAAGAAGGAACUCGACCCGGAAAAUACGGCUUGCAAGUUCAACCUGGCUUGUACAGUUGCGGAGUGCAAGUUUGCCCAUCAAUCGCCUGCAGCACCAUCCGGAACCCCUAUCGACUUCACUGAUACUUGUUCCUUCGGAGCAGCAUGCAAGAACAAGAAGUGUACGGCCAAGCAUCCCUCUCCUGCCGUGCAUCUUCAACAAUCCUGCAAAUUCUACCCGAACUGCACCAACCCAGUAUGCGCCUUCAGACAUCCUGCUAAGCAAUGCCGCAACGGAGGUGACUGUGCUGUUCCCAACUGCAAAUUUGCGCACACUACAACCAUGUGCAAAUUCACCCCUUGCACAAGACCCGAUUGUCCAUUCAAGCACGCCGAAGGCCAACGAGGAGUCUACAAGGACAAGGUCUGGACACCAAAUAAUGCUAAGGAGCACGUUAGCGAGAGGAAGUUUGUGGAUGAGAAUGCACCAGAGGAGCUCAUUGUCCCCGGGGUAUCGGAGGCACCGUUAAGCCAGGAGUCGAUAAAGACGGAGAUAAUCACGUAG